GUUACCUGUUUCUAUAAGCGCAUAGAUUAACCGAAAAUAAUUCAUAGCUAAUUUUUUGCACCAAAAAAAUUGGUCAUCGUUCAUCAAUGGCAGAGCUAGAGAGCCCAAAUGUGAUGCAAAAACUCAUCACAUUUCUCUCUUCUUUGCUUCAAAGGGUAGCUGAAUCCAAUGAUCUCAACAGUCAAUUUCAACCCCAGAAAAUUUCAGUCUUUCAUGGACUAACUAGACCCACUAUCUCCAUUCAAAGCUAUCUAGAGAGGAUCUUCAAGUAUGCCAAUUGUAGCCCAUCUUGUUUUAUCGUUGCAUAUGUUUAUCUUGAUAGGUUUGCCCAAAGACAACCCUCUUUGCCUAUCAAUUCUUUCAAUGUUCAUCGUCUGCUUAUAACCAGCGUCCUGGUUGCCGCCAAGUUCAUGGAUGACAUGUAUUACAACAAUGCUUACUAUGCAAAAGUUGGAGGAAUCAGCACAAUAGAGAUGAACUAUCUCGAAGUGGAUUUUUUAUUUGGAUUGGGUUUCCACCUAAAUGUGACCCCUAACACAUUCCACACUUAUUGUUCCUAUCUGCAAAGGGAGAUGAUGCUUCAACCUCAACCUCAACCUCCUUUAAGCAUAGCUGAAUCUUCAUUGAACGUGGGGAGAUCUCUAAAGCUCCAUUUGUGUUUCAAUGAGGAUGAAACUUCCCAUCAAAAGCAACAGCUUGCUGUUUAAGCUUUUUUGAUUAUAUAUUAUAAGCUCUCUAAAUGUGUAGCUAGUUAUAGAGAUAGUGACUCUUCUCCAGUAUUCUUCUCUUAUUUUUGGGAUUGGCACAAAUUGUGUACUAAAACCAACUUGGUUUUUAGCAUUUGCCCUUUCAUUUUGUUGGUCUUUUCUUGUCUGGUUUUUGGAAUAUUCAAAUUAUUUGGUAAUGUACAGAUGGGAUUAUCUUCUUUACAGUCUGGCCAUGAAGAAUCUCUCUCUUACUUGAUGUUUUAAUUAAAGAACCUAUAAAUUUGGGUUGACA